AUGUGUCAUGUCAUUGUCACUUGCCGCUCAAUGCUGUGGACGCUCCUGAGUAUUGUUGUGGCAUUUGCAGAGCUCAUAGCCUUCAUGAGUGCUGAUUGGCUGAUUGGCAAGGCAAAACCUGGGAAUUCUGAGGGCAUGGACAAUGGGAUGGGAGGAUCGCUGGAGCCGUUUCGUCCAACCUUAGGGAUCUACGGACGUUGCAUCAGACUCUCACACAUGAAAUCAUCAAUGCCCGACACGCUUUGUGGCCCUUAUGCUGAAAAUUUCAAUGAGAUUGCCAGUGGAUUCUGGCAGGCGACGGCUAUUUUCCUUGCCGCUGGGAUCAUGAUACUCUGUGCUGUCGCAUUUGUAUCUGUUUUCACCAUGUGUGUACAGAGCGUUAUGAAGAAAAGUAUUUUUAAUGUCUGUGGGCUGCUACAAGGGAUUGCAGGUAAGUAUGAAAAGGCAAAAAGUGAAACAUAUUGGAUAUGUUUGUGGUAUGUGGAUGAGGACGCAUUCUCAACAAGAUUUUCUUUCUGCUAAAUGUAAAGACCUGUUCAAAUAGUUUAGUCUCCAGAAGACUGCAUUUAACAAGCCCAUGUUAUAAUUCAGGAAUAUGGUCAGGGUAAAACUUAAGACACUAGCUAAAGCUUCCUUUAUAGCUAGCACGUGUUCUGGAUAUUUCUCAGAAGAAUGACUAUGUUGCAGUUUACUUUAAAGUACCUAUAUCUUUUCUGCACUGUGAGAAGCUGUUUAGAUACCCUCAGACCCUCCUCCUUAACAUGACACAUAGUUUGAAUCAGCAAAUAUGAUUUGUCAUAAUAAUAAUAAUAAUAAUAAUAAUAAUAAUAAUAAUAUGUUUUAUACUUCACCUAUCUGUCUGGGUUGCCCCAGCCACUCUGGGCAGCUUCCAACAAGAAUACAGAGGGAAAUAAAAAAAAAUCACAUCAAACAUUAAAAGCUUCCUGAAACAGGGCUGCCUUCAGAUGGCUACAAAAAGUUAUAUAGUUGUUUAACUCUUUGUCAUUUGACGGGAGGUUGUUCCACAGGGUGAGUGUGACUGCCGAAAAUGCCUUCUGCCUGGUUGUACAUUGAGGGAACCACCAGAAGGCCCUUAGAGCUGGCCCUCAGUGUCUGGGCUGAACGAUGGGGUGGAGACGCUCCUUCAGUUAUACAGGGCUGAAGCUGAAAUUAUACUACUCAUAGUUCUAGAAACCACCAUUUCAUCUUUGAUUCCAGUCCUUAGCUGUGUGACUAGCACAAAAUGGCAAACUGAUUUGUCUCAAACCAGGAAGCAAGGAAAGGAAUCAUAAGGUGUGAGGGGAGGGAGGGUACGGGGAAGGUUGUUAUUUUCCAUUUAUUGCAUUUAUAAACCCUACCUUUUCUCUGAAGAGCUCUUAAAUACAUUAUGUAUGAACCAGCAGUUCAUAUCUUUCCUCACCACCAUCCUUUUUCUCUUAAGAGAAUCCUAAACAAACCAGAGAAGAAAAUGGUGGGUCAGCCACAAACCAUUAUAAAUCAGAGAAUGAACCACUUCUGUAUCUGAACCCUUUUGGUUGUAUUUUCGUUCUGAAACAAACAAACAAACAAAACAAACUACGGCUAAUGUGACUAUCAUCCAUAGAUGGAAAGCAACCAAUUUUUUAAAAUUUAGUUCUUUGUAAAUUAUGUUGUUGCUACAGAAUUAGUAAUCUCGAGAUGACUCUUUACUGAGUUCACUGAUGCUUGGUCAUGGCAGUGCUAUUGCACCUGGAAUGUUGCCAGUGUUCUGCUGAUGACGUGUGACUGUCACGAUGCACGAGUUUCUUAAUUCUUGCUCUUGCAAAGUGCUUAAGCAAAUGGUUCAAGUAGUCUGCCAGCAUGGCUGUAAACAGAUAGGACUAUUAAAAUAUUCCCUCAUAGCUGGAUUGAAGCCUGGCUUAAAUACAUCCAUGAAGUUUUAUUUUUCAGAGUUGUUUCUGUAAAGUACAAAUAUUUUGCAGAAGUAGACCUGGUUUUGAUUGGUUUUUUUAUGUGUACUUGGGACACAGAUGGUACUCUUUUUCUUAUCACCUUACAUUUCCAACAGCUGUCAAAGCACAAGCACUUUCAAUCAUUUAGAAUAUUCUUGAUUAACAGGACAAACUUAUACAUAUUUACUCAGAAAUCCAAUGCUGUAUGCAGAGUUCUCACACAUCAAGACUUCACUUUCCUCUUUACACCCAAUGCACCCCCAAAAUCUGCUCCAGAAGGCCCCCUAAACCUCUGGAACAGAUUUUGAGAGUGAGUAACGGGGAAGAGGAAAGAAGGGACAAUUCCUUUGCACAGGGGGAAUGGUGGUGUGGGAUAUAGCAUAGCUUCAAUAUCCAAACAAAAACAAAAACCAAAGUGCUGGACCAACAAGCACAAAAAAACCCCUCUGCAGUGCCACAAAUCCAACUUAACAGUGUAAUGUUGGAAAAUGUCGAUGACUUUUCCUACCUGGGCAGUUAUCUUUCCACAAGGACAUUGAUGCCGAAAUCCAGCAUCGCCUGAGCUCUGCGAGCGCAGCUUUCUCCCGAUAAUAGUGCCAAGUGUUUGAAGACUGGGACAUUCACAGGGAAACCCAAAUGCUCGUUUACAACCAACUUUACUGUACUCUUGCGAAACAAGGACCACUUAUAAACACCAUCUCCAACUCCUCAAAAGAUUCCAUCAACAAUGUCUCUGAAAAAAAUUACACAUCACUUGGGAAGACAGUGUACUGUCAGUGUACUGGAAGAAGAAAAGAUCACAAGUGUCAAAGCAAUGAUUCUUCAACAUCAACUUCGUUGGACUGGUCAUGUUGUUCGGGUGUCUGAUUAUUGUCUUCCAAAGCAACUACUCUAUUCCCAACUUAAGAAUGGAAGGCGAAAUACUGGUGGACAAUAAAAGAGGUUUAAAGGUGUUCUCAAGGCAAAUCUUUAAAAAUGUAGGAUAAACACUGACAACUGGGAAACACUGGCCUGCAGGCACUCCAAUUGGAGAACAGCCUUUACCAAAGGUGUCAUGGGUUUUGAAGACAAAAGGGAGAAACGAGCUAAGAGGAAGGCACGCUUGGCAAACCCUCACUGUGAUCAACUCCUACCCGGAAACCUAUGUCCCCACUGUGGAAGGAUGUGUGCAUGCAAAAAUCAACAGGCUCACUGUUAAGACUGUUUUCAUGGAAGACAAUCUUACUUGGCUACAAGUGAUAGCCAAAGAAGAAGAAGAUUGAGUCCAGUGAUAAUUAGGAUUACUGCCCAGGUUAUCUUUAAAAUCUCGCAGAAAUUACGAUGAUUAAUAUUUAAUCUUUUUCCUGGAAUUUGUGGGAAGAAGAAAACUGUACACAAGUUGUUGAAUUUCUGACCAGUUUUGUGGGCAGUGACUUAAAUGGUGCGUAAAAUGAAGAUUACAGAAUGUCCUUCUAAGGGUUUAGUCCAAGACCUUCAUCUGCAUGAGCAUGUAGGGCUGCCAAGUCACAGUGAGCCCACACACAUCUUAGGCCAAGGAGCUUUUUAGUCUGUCUGCAAAUAAUCUGUCUUCUGAUUAAAAGGUUCCCUUUGGGAUUCCUGUUAUCCUCCAGUGCUCACAGUUCCUUUCUGUUCUUAAAGUAGGGAAGCAGCAAUCUUCAUUUUGUAAACAUUUAGAAGCCAUACUGUUAAGGAAAGAAUAAGUCAUCAGCUUCAAAGGGCCAUAGACCAACACAACCAUAUCAUUAGAUCAGUAACUGCUGCUUGACAAACAAAAGGGGCUGGACAGGCGGUCAUUUGUGCAUCUUUUGCGAGUGCUGGAGCUAUUUUUAAAAGGCUGUGAAUUACUUGAAAAACCUGAGUUUGAGCAAUUUUGUUCCUAAAAUACUAACAGGGAAUUAAUUUUUAAGUGGGUUGAUUGUAAUAAUAGCUUCCUCUUUUCUGCCUGUAAAUAUCAGUAGUCUGUAGUAUCCAGUUGGGUGUUUAGGGACUGGGAUUCAGAGGCAUACUAAAUGCAUUUGCCCACAUUCAUCCCUUGCUACCCUUGGCUCUCUUUUUCCUCCCUCCAUUUCUCUCUAUAUUAUAUUAGACUGUAAGUUCCUUGGGGGCACAAAGCUUAAUAUUUUUUGCCUAUAAAACUCUGGAAGGUGCUACAUAUACUGAAAUAACUAAAAACAUAUUAAAUAAUAACAUGGGGUUGUUUUUCUUUUUUCUUUUUUAAAAAAAGGUUGUUUCCAUGCUUAUAUUAAAACUACUCUCAAAAUAUUUUCUGAAAAUAUUUAAAGUGCAUAUUUUGUGCUAAGUUUCCACUUAGGUUUGUUUUUGGCGGGGUUUUUUUAUUAUUAUUAUUUUAUUUUAGCCAUUAGUGCCAGCCCUUCUCCAUUUCUGGGAAAAUGCUGUUUGGUUUAUAGUGGAAAUCCUGACACUGUCUCAAGUACAUUUGCACUUUGAACAGCAUGGUACACGAGUUCCUGUAUUCAGAUGGCUGCAUUCCAGCAUGACUGCUGAAAGUUAAAGUUCGGGAAAAGACUUGGUGGGGGCAGGAGGAGGGGAUAUGAGCCUAAGAGGAAAAGUGUGCUCAUGCUAAGUAUAUGUGAUAAUCAGGCAUUGAAAUAUGGUAGAGCCGAUUUCAAAUAGUACAGGAUAGUACUUUAACAGUAACGAUUUUAAUUCUGUUACAGAUUGAGGUUUUGCCUAGCAAAGUGGGCAGCUUAGACCCUCCUGUGCCUCUGGGCUUGCUUAGACUCCAGGCUGACCAGUAGUCUGUGUAGUGUCAUUGUAUGACUUGCACCUCAGUCUCCCUCUAAGAUACAUAAUGAACAUGCCUUUUAUAUGUAGCAGGAGAUGAAGGGCCUGAGCUGAUAAAAGCUGGCAGACAGCUCCUGAGAGGAGGCCAUAAUAUUGCUUCUUCUUGUCGUUGCUCAAUCAAUUCCUCGUCAUGCUUCCUCUGUCGCAGGGCUUUCUUCCCAAAUCGUUUUUCUAGCCAAGUUGGUGAUGCAUCAGCCUCCUCUGCGUUCUUGGCAAGUCAUUUGAAAGAGGAGUCAGAUUAGGACUGAGAUUCAACGCAAUCCUAACAGUUUCCAGAAGAGGCAGGCUAGAAAACUUUUCUAACCAUCCCUACUCAGGCACCUGCGUGGACGGCUUGUCCUAGCUAAUGCACUGUAGUAGAACAGUAAUGGAGGAACACUCGGCAAGACAAAUUGGAAUGUUUCUUGAGUUUAGUUUUGGAAUGGUUUUAGGAAAAUGCUGCACAACAUAGGAUCAGCCAACAGGACUGCAACUAAAAUUUACGGGAAAAGUAGCAGCUGCCCUAACCUUUUGGCAACACACUUUGCAUGUGAUUUUCAUUUUUAGUCUGAGCAAAACUGAACUUGUAUAGGUGAUGGUCAUGAAGACAAUGUACGCCAAAAUUUGUGAAGUGUCUUCUCUUCUUUCCUUGUCUUCAUCUGUGGGUUAACAUUACAAUCCUGACUACAUUUACUCACAAGAAAAUACUAUUGAUUUCAAUAAUGUUUAGCUUCAGUUAAACGUGCAAUCCUAUAUGCAUGUGCCUGGAAAUAAGUAUCAUUGAACUAAAUGGGGCAUGCUUGUGAUUUUUCCUAGGAUUGCACUAUAAAUCAUCAGUGGAUUGCAGUAUUAACCUUUUUUAAAAUACUUGAAUGAGAAAAGAGGAUAAAGGUCUUUUCUGUCAAAAAUCUGCUAGCAAAAGAUAGGAGAUAGAUGUGAUUAAGCUCUUUGCAGCAAACUGGUCCAGCAUUAUUGAUAUCCUUUUUGAUAGACGUGAUAACUAUUUGAAAAUCGCUAGUAUACAUGCAAAGGAAAGAAUAACAAACUAAUCAUAUGAUUUUUGUGCUGCCCAUGACUCACUGUAUGUGGGUGUUUUCCGGGUUGGUAAAACCAAGAACCCAAUUUCAGUACAGUUUCUGUAAAGUGCAACUGAAUUAGGAAAGAGUCUGGAAAAACCCUGGUGUUGCCAACCAGUCCUUGCGGCUUUUAGUUUCAGAUCCUUCCAACACGUUUUGUCAUUUUCUUUGGCUAGUUUGUCUUCUAUAAGUAUUAAUUCAGGGAGCUGAACUUAUUGAAUAUUUCCAGUCAGUUGCUGAAAUCUAGGGCUGGAUCAAGGCACAUCAAAUAAGUGUUUCAGUUUAAAGUGUUGUAAAUUUAAACAGGAAAAACAGGUGGAAAACAACAGGGCUUCACAUUGCCAUCUGGUGGCACAAUGUUAUAUUGCAUAUACAACACAUAUAAAUUGCUUUUUCUUUUACCAAUCUAGCUGAAUCCUAGGAUUGGCUUGACUAAGUUACUGCAUUUAAAUAGCUAUCUACAUCAAGUUUGCAUUUUUAGGAAUGGGUGUGUCACAUGUAUAGUUGGGUCCAAAUACAGUAUCUUGUCUAUGACAUUGAAUGGAUUCCCUUGGAAAAUGGAGGUUUUUAGGCAGAAAUUGGAUGGCCAUCUGUUAUGGAUGCUUUAAUUGAAGUCCCACAUUGCAGGUAAAAAAAGGUAAAGGACCCUUGACAGCUAAGUCCAGUCGCGAACGACUUUGGGGUUGCGGCGCUCAUCUCGAUUUACUGGCCAAGGGAGCCGACAUUUGUCCACAGACAGUUUUUCCGGGUCAUGUGGCCAGCAUGACUAAACCGCUUCUGGCGAAACCAGAGCAGCGCACGGAAACGCCGUUUACCUUCCCGCUGGAGCAGUACCUAUUUAUCUACUUGUACUUUGAUGUGCUUUUGAACUGCUAGGCAUUGCAGGGGAUUGGACUAAAUGACCUUCCAGUUCUACAAUUAAAUGACAAGAAAACAGACAAAAUACUUUCUGAGCUGUUUUCUGUGUUUCCCCUUCGUUUUAAUAAUGCAGGAUGGUCCUUGCUUGUCUACAGCACUGACGCACCAUUGAUCCCAUUUGGCCAAUUUCUGCUUUCUUCAGAGGCAUUUUUGACAGGCAAACACCCCUUUGUUUCAGUAGGAAAUGCAAGGGGGUCGUUUCUGGAUUUGCAGACAGCAUUCAGCUUUGCCAGUAUACUCUGCUGUUUAAUGUGGCAGAACAACAACUGCACAAGAGACUGUCAGAACUAAAUAUCAUGCUUCUGGCUUAUCCAAACAAACAGCUGGGUAACCAUGCUCUCUGAAGGAGUUGUUUCCAAGAUCAGACCAGGGGGAUCUGCUUUAUGUUAUUGCAAAGCUGCCACUGCGGCUGGUCUGGCAUUACUCAGAUCCAGUGCAAGGCAGUCAGAGUGAUGUGUGCCGUUGAUGAAUUUUAGUACUGAACUUUGAGUUCUUGACUUUCAACAGUGAUGUUGUUCCUUAUGCUCAGUGGCUAUUAGCCCUGAUAGCUAAGUGAAACUUCAGUGUUUAAAGGCAGUGCAUAUCUGAACACCAGAUGUUAGGGCAAAACAAUUGAAGAGGAUUGUUGCCUUCAAGCCCUGCAUAUAAGGUUUCCUUAGACGUAUCCAAUUAACCACAGUUCUUGUUACAUUCCUGGAGCUCCAAAUAAAAACUUUGAAACCAAAAUAAAAAGGCACAUGACAAUUAGCUACCUAAGCUAGAACUUAGCUCUUGCUAUUGAACUCCCCUCUCUUCAAAAUUAUAUGGACAACUUCUUUUUAUUAAUUUGUGUCUAGAGCACAAUAUACUUCUUUUUCCUUUCUGUUUUUGGAGAGAUGGAUUGUGUCUCUCUGCGUUAACUUAGCUAAUCCUUUUUUAGCUAAUCACUUGGAAAGUGGAGGUGCCCCUCCAGAUGUACCUCCACAAAACUUAAAUUGAACAUCCUCUCCAAAGCUGCCUCCAGCCUCUGAGAGUCCAAUUAAAGGCAUCAAAUUAAUUAGCUACUCCAUUUCUCCCCUACAUUUGCACUGUACAAGACUUGCACAGGGAUCAUUAAAUAGUAAGUAGGGGGUACCUCAAUACUUAGGGAUUGAAGGAUUUGUAAUUUCAUGUUCUUCAAUUAAAUUACAGAGGCAUACUAAUUGAGUGGCAGAUAUAAAGGUGGAGAACAGAAAAAACUGGCUUCUUAAAAUUUGUCUUUAGUGAAUUCUUUGAUUUAUGGAUAGAAUGGAUGCCUGGACACACCUGUUUGAUAAGUCUGUGCUAAUAAGUUAAUGCAACACACAGUAGUAUCUUGUGGUAUUUGCUAGCAAACAUUUAAGCAUUUAAAUCUUAUUUACUCAGUUGUCUGAUAAAUGCAUAUAAAGCAGAAUUAAUGAUGGCAGAAGCCAAUUUUUAAAAAGGAAUCUGACUAUGAGCACAUAGCCUACAUUUUAAGAAACAAUCUGUGCAGUGUUAACUAAUUUUAGGUGGAAAAUGUGAUAAAACGCACAGACGUCCCUCCGCCAAAGCUGUCAGGUCCCUGGUAAACAGCAAGCCAGGAUAUAGCUAUACCACAGGUUUAAUCGUCAUCUCCUUUCCUCAGGGAAGUCAAGUUCUGGGGUCACCUCACCAAGGUAUAAGACAGGUGUUUGGUGUGUACAUACACCCUCAGAGGUUAUGCUCAAGUUUUGUUUUCCUUUAACACGUGUGCAUAAAAUGUUUUCUGGUAAGAGAAACUACACUUAGAUUGGAGCAGUUUUAAAGCAUCCUGGUUUUGAUAGAUAAAAGCCAUUUCAAAUGAAAUUUUGGUGCUAAACAUUGUAAUUUUCAAACUUAUGCUGUGUCAGUAAAUCUCCUAGUCAGAAAAAUGAUGCUGUAUAGCACACUGACAAAGGAACUUCUGAUGACAUCAGGAAGGGGAUUUCUGGUGUUUAGUCUGUCACAGCUGGUGGGCUCAGAAGGAUGAAAGCCCAGUUUAUCCUGGUCUGCCCAAGAUGAAGCAAUACUUUAUAGUCUCAGUGACACAGUCAUGCUGGCAAAGAACACUACACAAUGUUUUUGGCUGUUCCUGACUCAGUACACAGAGAAAUCCCUAAUGUUAAGACUGGAACAUAAUUCACAUAUGGGGUUUUGCAACCAACCAAAUGAUAAAAGGCUACAGAUAAUCCAGGUUCUCUCUUUCUGUUUAAGAAAUGCUUGUUAAAGGAUUUACAUACAGGGUCUGAUGCAUUUUGAACCUUCUCAUAUGUCCAAGUGCAGCUUGAUGUAAUGAGGGAUACUGGGAUGUUUCUCUCAGCUGGCUGGCAUUCUGUCCCAAUAAUUAAGAAACAGUAAUGUGCUGGAGCAUGUGCAAUCUUAAUUGCCGUGAAUGAGACAGAAACUAGCACUCACAGCUGUUCCUGCCCUCAAGAUUUACUAAGAAACAAACUAAUACUGGCUGUGAUUUAUAACUUAGAAAAAACUUCAUCCUUGGUGGAGAUGGGGAGGAAUAAUAGGAAUAUAGUUAAUACUGUUAACACUGAACAUUUUUCAGUGUUGUCAUUUUAUUCAUUUUACAUGUGACUAUAAUUUGUUUUAGCUGUUUUUAAUGCUGAAUUUAAUGUUGCCGUAACCCACCCUAGGAUCUGCUGGUGAAGGGCAAGUAAUAAAUUUAGUAAUAAUUCUCCAUUUGGGCAUGUCCUGCUGGGUUUGUAUUACUGCAUAGCAGCAACUACAUUCAGGAUGUCAAACCCACAGUUGCACUAUAAACAGUGCAUUGCCUGUCGGUCCCUAAGCCUGCAGGCCAAGUGAUUCUGCAUUGUAGUUACUGAAUCCUCUCCCCUUUUGUCAUGAUAAACUUCCCUUUUUUUGCCAGUUUGGUUUACAGUGAUGUGUUUGCACUUUUGUUCUAACUACUCUUUCUUUUUCUUGGUAGGUCUCUUCCUUAUCCUAGGCUUGAUCUUAUACCCUGCUGGCUGGGGUUGUCAGAAGGCAAUAGACUAUUGCGGACAUUAUGCUUCGGCUUAUAAACUUGGUGACUGUUCGCUGGGCUGGGCUUUCUACACUGCAAUUGGUGGCACUGUUCUGACAUUCAUCUGCGCAGUCUUCUCCGCCCAAGCUGAAAUCGCCACCUCCAGUGACAAAGUACAGGAAGAAAUUGAAGAAGGGAAAAGUCUUAUCUGUCUCCUUUAA